AUGAUAAUAUUGGCCUGGUUCAAUUUUUUUCAGCAUGCAGCAGAGAUAGAGAAAAAGCAAAAUGAAACAGAGAAUAAAAAAUUGCUGGGCUCCAACGUCCAGUAUGGAAAUGUUGUGCAGUUACUCCAUUUGAAAUCAAACAAGUACUUAACAGUUAACAAGCGUUUGCCAGCGUUACUGGAAAAAAACGCAAUGCGAGUGUACUUAGAUAGCAACGGGAACGAGGGCUCUUGGUUUUACAUCCUGCCAUUUUACAAACUAAGGGCUCAUGGGGACAAUAUUGUGCUGGGGGAUAAGGUCAUCUUGAACCCCGUGAGUCCAGGUCAGCAAGUCCUACAUGUAUCAAAUCACAAGUUACCUGAUAAUCCUAGUUGUAAAGAAAUUAAUAUCGUGAAUGGCAACACCUCCUGGAAGGUCACGUUGUUUUUGGAGCACCGAGAAAAUUUAGAGGAGAUUUUGAAAGGCGGUGAUGUGGUUAGAUUAUUUCACGCUGAACAAGAAAAAUUCCUUACAAUGGACGAGUAUAGGAAAACGCAACACGUAUUUUUGAGAACUACUGGGAGGACUAGUGCCACAGCAGCUACAAGCAGUAAAGGUAGGUUAAUUAAAAAAAAAGGUCAAGUAGGUUGA